ACCAUCGUCUUUGGAUUUACCCUAGUUACUCAGCUGGGUGAGCUCUCUAGGUUUUCAAAAGUAAUGUCAGUUACUAAGGAUAUUUCAAGGUUUUGGCCUGCAGAACACAAUGGAUCGCGGAUCUGCUGCAGAUUCCAGGUUUAUCAGAUCUGCUAGUGUUGUGGAGAGCGCAAGGGUUAGGAGGGCUUAGAGCAGAUGGAGGCCAGUGGAACGGGAGAUCGAUAUGUGGACAGAGCUGCUGCGCCAUGGUCCUGUGGAAGGCAAGAAAGUCUUCUACUGCUUCCAAAAUGGCGGUGGGCGAGAGAAACGGAAGAAAGAACCAGAGAGAUGUAAGUAGCCAGACAGAUUCUUACGAGUUGUUGUUCUUUACAUUAUUUUUAAAACUAAUCUAAAAAAUGUAUGUUUUAGCCUCAGUAUUGAAGGUGCAAAACUGGACUUCAUUUUUUUUUUACCAAAAUUUAUUGACUUUGCCUCCACGUUUCUCUCCAGCUCCCUCGCUCUCGUUCUGCUUAUUUAUACCUCCCGUCUCCUUUGUCUCCUUACCAUCGGCUUUGGAUUUACCCUAGUUACUCAGCUGGGUGAGCUCUCUAGGUUUUCAAAAGUAAUGUCAGUUACUAAGGAUAUUUCAAGGCUUUGCAGAACACAAUGGAUCGCGGAUCUGCUGCAGGUAUUAUUUUGUUUCCUUCAGAUUCGAGGCUUAUCAGAUCUGCUAGUGUUGUGGAGAGCGCAAGGGUUAGGAGGGCUUUGAGCAGAUGAAGGCGAGUGGAACUAGAGAUCGAUAUGUGGACAAAGCUGCUGCGUUCAUUGCCCUGUGGAAGGCAAGAAAGUCUUCUACUGCUUCCAAAAUGGCGCUCGGCGAGAGAAACGGAAGAAAGAACCAGAGAGAUCCUCAGUAUUGAAGGUGCGAAACUGGACUUCAUUAUUCCGCUACAAGAGGUCAACUCACAAAAAGAUUGCGGCAAAUAUUCCAGCCUGUCUAAAUAUUCAAGCCCGUUAUUGUUCUGUACAGGAAGAAGAAGUGGGUCCCGGAUCUGGAGCAGAUUCCAGGAUAAGGAGAUCUGCUAUUGUCGUGGAGAGUGCAAGCUGUAGAUGGAAGCCAAUUGAAACUCAAAAGAGGAGAUCCGUGUCCAUUUUCGCUAGUGGAACGAGAAAUCCGUCUUUUGAGCAAAUAAACCGCAUUUCUGCAGAGCUGAAGCCUCAUGGUGUUGUGGAAGUUUAUAGUGGAGCUUGCAGGAAUUAUUUCUUUUGCAGUCCUGCAAGACUGUUUUCUCUUUUGUGUAGUGUAGGGUUUCAUAAACAGAGUCUGAAUGAGGACAUUCUAAAUAAGAAAAUGUAGUAGCACAUGGUCUAUAUUGCUGUGAUGCUACAAAAAUAAGAUUCGUUUAGAGAUCAUGUACCACUGGCAUAGUUUAUAUAUAUAUGACAUUUUUAAUGAUU